AUGUUUUUACAUACACUGUUGUUUUUCUCUCCCUAUUUAUUUAUUUAUUUUUGGUAUUUCAUUCAAUUCAUCAUCCAUUGUAAGGAAAAAGUAGAAAAAGGUUGGCAUCGGUGGGGGUGGCAUGACUGGCAUGGCAUGACGCUUUUAGUCUGGAAUCUGAGGCCAACAAGACCGACCAAAUGUUAUUUUUCAAGUAAACCAAUUUACUUUUCCUUUAACUGAUCCUCAUCUCAAAUCCACCCACUUUUCUGUUUUGAAGAUCUGAUAUUGGAAUAAUCAGGUUUUUCUUGUAAAUGGGUUCACCCCAUAGAUUAUUUAACAGACAGAGAACAGUUCAUCAGAUCCUUGGAGGAGGUCUUGUUGCAGAUGUGAUACUAUGGAGGAAAAAGAAUUUGACUGUGGGAAUACUGUUACUGACUCUAGCAGUUUGGGUGGUGUUUGAGAGAUCUGGUUACACUGUGUUGUCACUUGUCUCAAGUGUUUUUCUCCUCCUCAUUGUCAUUCUUUUUCUGUGGGCAAAAUCUGCAUCAAUUCUUAACCGACCAGCUCCACCACUACCUGAUUUGCAUCUAUCAGAUGAAGUGGUAAAUGAAGCAGCAGCUUUUAUCAAAACCCAUGUAAAUGAUUUGCUCUCAGUUUCACGUGAUAUUGCCAUGGGUAAAGAUUCAAGGCUUUUCUUCAAAGUAGCUCUAUCCCUUGGGUUGAUUUCUUUUGUUGGUGGCUUGACUGAUUUCCUUACUCUAGGUUAUGCCAGCCUGUUUAGUGUUCUCACAGUUCCAGCACUCUAUGAGAGACAUGAAGAUUCUGUUGAUUCAUAUUGCUUGCUGGGGUACAUGAAAAUGCAGCAAUUGUAUGUGAAAUUUGACAGAAACUGUGUAAACAGAGUCCGGAACAGGAUUUUGGAGACGAAAAAGCUAAGCUGAUUUCUUUUGUUUUCUUCUUGAGCUUCUUACUUCAUCUGGCAUUUGGUUUCCCUUCAUGAGCUGCUGGAAGUGCUAACGGUGAGAACUUGAUUUAUUUUUGAGCUUUUGGGUGUGGAGAACCACAUUUUCAUUUUUAAAGAUCACUCCCUUACCUUAUCAUUAUCUCCAGCAAGGGAUUUUGGGCUUCAUCUGAAUGCUGCUGUAAAGCCUGUCAGGCAUUGAAAAGGUUGAGGACUGUUUAUACCAAGAGUUGUAGUUUUGGCUUUCAAAUAGAAAUAAAAAGAGUGU